GAACAAUUGAAUUUAUGUACGUCAAUUCUAUACACGACAAGAGUCUCCAAUUCUGAAUGUGUGAUGUGAUGCCAACAAGAUUCCGAAAUCAAUGUCUUCUGAUUUUUGAGUGAAUGGAGGUAGCCAGAAGAAGAACUAGGAGGCAGUGGGAUGAUUUCUAUCUACAGCUACACGACGAGCGGAAACAACAACAGAAGAAGACUGAUAAUGCUGUUGAAACUUUGAAUGCCGAUGGUCAAGGGUUUUUGAGUGAAUCGGAUGUGAAACAGAAUGAUGGCGUGAAUGUGGAUGAUGGCGAUGUUAAUACUAAGAGUGAUGAUGCGGCGGAGGAUUCGGAUGAGCCUGCCUCUGAAUCUGAGACAAUUUCUGUUGACGAAGAUGAUGACUGUAAAGGAGGUGAUGAUGAAUCAUGUGGUGUUGCUGAGAAGAGUAGGAGGAGAAAGAAUCUGAGAAAAGAGAGUGAUUUUAGGUUGUUACUUCACAAUUCCGAUUCGGAUUGUGACGUAUUGACAGAAAAUGCCGAUGAGAGGUUUUUGAGGUCAAGGAAGAGGAGAAGAAUAGUGAAUAUGGAGAAGGAGAAGGGUAGAGUUAAGAUUUUGGGGAAAAAAGGGUCUCAUUCUGCAAAACAUCUCAACUUGAUCAGGAUUUUGGUGGACUCCAUGAAUGCAUUCGACGAAAAACAAAAUGUGCCUGAAAGUGCCCUUCCGUCGAGGUUCAGAUUUGAGGACGAGGUGGUCCUCCCCCCACACAAAUCAGAGCAUGAAAAGUUCAUAGAUGAACUCUUUCAUGAUCUAGAGUUAGGAUUGCGACAAAUCGAUUGCACUAAUCCCGUGGCUGAGAGUGAUGAGCUUAAGACCACUGUGGAGAUUGAUGGAAGUUGUUGCUACCGAGGGAAGCAUCAAGCUAUUCUUGAUGAACAGAUAGGGCUCAUUUGCAAAAACUGUGAUAUUGUGAUCAUGGACAUAAAGCAUGUCUUACCACCUUUUCACGUACCAACUUGGGAGGGGCGAGACAAGAGGUAUUACCGUGAUGAGUUUCAAGGCUCCAACUUUAGCAACAUUCAAUUUGAUGGCACUGAUUCCAGUAUACCCGGUUCAACAAGUUGCAUGAAAGGAACAGUAUGGGAUUUAGUCCCUGGUGUUAAGGAAGAUAUGUACUCUCAUCAGCGAGAGGGCUUCGAGUUCAUGUGGAGAAACAUAGCAGGAGACACCAAACUUGAGAAACUGAAGCAGACUCUUGCUGAUGAUGCAAGAGGGUGCAUAAUCUCACAUGCCCCAGGCACUGGAAAGACUCGUCUCACCAUAGUGUUCCUGCAGUCAUUCCUGAAGCUGUAUCCAGCCUGCAGCCCCUUGAUCAUAGUUCCUAAAGGGAUGCUUCUGACAUGGGAAGCUGAGUUCAAGAAAUGGAACUUCAACGUAGCCUUUCACAAUCUAAAUAAGAAAGAGCUAUCCGGAAAAGAACAUACAGUUGCUAUUGAGGUUCUUGAGGAAAUUGAGAGUGGAGUCUUAAGUCAAGACUGCAUUCGCCUGCUUAAAUUGUAUUCCUGGGAGAGAGGUGGUAGCGUCUUAGGGGUCAGCUACAAACUAUUUGAGAAGCUUGCUGGACAAAGAAAUGGGAAAAGUUUGCAGCAUAAGAAAAUCAGGGAGGUGCUUCUUCAAAGGCCGACCCUUUUAGUGCUUGAUGAAGGGCAUACACCUCGUAAUAACAAUAGCCUGAUAUGGAAGGCCUUGACGAAAGUCUCAACACAGCGACGUAUCAUCUUGUCAGGCACUCCAUUCCAAAACAGUUUCAUGGAGCUAUUCAACACUCUGUGCGUCGUAAAUCCAAAGUUUGCAGAUCAGGACAACAGCGUACGUGGACCAAGAUGGAAGAAUUUGGACAACUCAUCUGGCAUAAAUAGGGGCACGAUGUUGGGGAUGAGGGCUGUGCUCGAACCAUACAUUCAUGUGCACAAGGGAACUGUGCUAGAGGAAAAGCUUCCCGGACUGAGGCACACGCUAGUAUUCUUGCAUCCAACAAAGUCUCAACAGCUACUGCUAGAAAAAGCUUGCAAAGAGGAGAUGUUUAAGAUGAUUCGGAUGGUAUCCCUAGUCUCUGUUCAUCCUUCAAUACGUGCAGUAGUGAAGGAGUACUUCACUAGAAGAGAGGAGAUUGCAACGGAUAUUGAUGCUGGGGUGAAGGCAUGGUUUCUUCUGAAGCUAGUACGCUUUGCUGAUGCACUCGGUGAGAGGGUGCUCAUCUUCAGCCAGUUCUUAGACUCUCUUAUAUUCAUCAAAGAGCAGCUUGAGUCCAUUUAUUCUUGGAAUGAAGGAAGAGAAGUGGUUUACAUUGAUGGACAGGUUGAUGAGAAGAAACGCCAAGAAUCCAUAUAUCGCUUCAAUGAUGAAACAAGCGAGGCAAAGGUGCUUCUUGCAUCUGAGAGAGCUUGCUCGGAGGGUAUAAAUCUGACAGGGGCUUCAAGAGUUGUGCUGCUGGAUACCAUGUGGAAUCCUUCAGUGGAAAAGCAAGCAAUCUGUAGGGCUUACCGUCUUGGACAGAAGAGAGUGGUGUAUGUAUAUCGCCUAUUUACAUCUGGAAUUGAGGUCGGACAAUAUAAACAGCAGCAUCUGAAAGAGCGCAUAUCACAGGGAUUAUUCUCUCUUGGGGAAGAACAUAGUGAAUAUGCAGGAGCAGUUGCAGAGGACAAGGUUUUGGAUGCCAUGCGCAGUCUUGAAAAUUUCGAUCAGAUAUUUGAGAAGAUUAUUUCCCAACCAAAGGAAUCCGACCUCAUCAAAACAUUCGGAAUGGAAGGGCAGAAGUAGAAACGUUUCAAGAUGGUAUUCAUAUUUGGCUGCAUAUAAGCGAGGCUUGUCGUUAAGCAUGGAAAUGUUUUGGAGAAGUUGAUAGGAUAGUCUUUCUGUUAGAGAUGGUUCAAUAUAUUUGGUAUGUAACUGUUUCUUGCUGGAUGCUUGUGAGAGUGAUCUAACUACCACUACACCUUUCCUUUA